ACAGAGGGAGGAUAGAAGACGCCAUUAUCGGAGUGUAACGCAUGUGACGUCGGCGUAUGCGGAAGCUAUCGUAUGUGUAUGAAGAUUCUCUAAACGGAGGAAUGUAUUUGAAUGGACUAAGUGACUUUGAUAUUGGUUUACGGACUGUUGACUGGGUAACUGCUCCAAUAACUUGUCUGAGGAGGGAAGAAGAAACAGAGAGAAAACCAAAUCUGAAAACUUGGGGGCACUAAGGAGAAAGGAAAGCAUUGAAGAUGAACCAAAUGUCCCAUUUAGCAUGGGAGAAUUAAGUAAGGUGCUGGCUAAAACUGGGAAGACUGCACCAGGGAAAAAUGAAAUAUGCUACAUCAUGUUGAAGCAUUUCAAUAUGGAGGGACAGAAGAAGUUGUUGAGGUUAUUUAAUAAAGUGUGGGAAGGAAGAGUACCAGAGAGAGACGUAAGUAAGCGAUAAUUAUCCCGAUAACAGGGUUGGGGAGUAACGGAAUAUAUGUAACGGGAUUAUGUAUUUAAAAUACAAAAUAUAAGUAACUGUAUUCCGCUACAGUUACAAUUUAAAUAAUUGGUAAUUAGAAUAUAGUUACAUUCAAAAAGUAUUGAUUACUGAAGAGAUUACUUUGCAUUUUAUUGUCAUUUGUCUCAUUUAAUAUUUAGUCCUUUCAGAUGGAAAAAUGUAUACAUAUAAAUGAUGCGAUCCAAAGUGCAUUUGAACAGAUGUGAAAUACUUUCUUAUGAUGUGCUACAUUUAUACGAGCAGACAGAAAAGUUUGAAUUAAGUUUGGAGCAGAAGUAGUAGAAAUAAACCUUGUGUAAAUUGUCAGCUUCACACUAAGCUAAAAUGCUAUUUCCAGCCAUUUUACAUGCAUGUUACCAGGCACGAUCAUAUUUUUUAUCAAGAAAAUUCACGUUGGAUCAUAAUUUAUUUUUUUCUAGUAAGACCUUUGAUAUUAGGUGCAAAAAUCGUAUUCUUGAUGAUAAUUUUUGAAUGUGUAUUUUAGGAAACCUGGAAAGGAUGCCAGUAAGCCAACAAACUACAGACCUUUUGCCUUGACAUCACAUGUUUGUAAGUUGAUGGAACGGAUGGUCAGUGAGAGGUUAAUGUAUUUUUUGGAGAAAAGAGAGAUGACUGAAUUCCAAAGUGGAUUUAGGAGAGGAAGGGGUAUAAUGACUGGUGUAAUUUAUUCAUUGAUUUGUUUUGACUUUUGUUUUUUUUUAUUUUUUUAUUUUUUUUAUUUUUUUCUGUAUUUGUAUUAUUUUUCAAAUGUAUUGUCUGUAUUAAUGUUCAAUCUCGGUUAUGUCUUGUUAUUAGAAGGAUUUAUUGAACUUGAACUGAAAAUUUUGUUCCCGUUAUUGUUUAUACGUUAAAAGAAAAUAAUAUUAUAGUAGCGGAUCUUUUCUUCGGGUGUUUGUUUGGGGAGGGAGCGUCAUCGGUUGAACACCUCCGGGGUUUUACGUGUGCGACAUGCAAUACCCUCAGUCUAGCUAUGCGCGAGGCUGAUGAGCAUAUUACUGUUGCUUUUCUCCGUGAAUCUCUGGUAAGAUGAUGUUUUUUGUCUAAAUGUAUAUCUAUCGCUCAAUAAGUGUGAUUUAAGUGAUGGCAGCGUUUGAUCGUGUUAGUGGUGAUGUGUGUUUAAUUGUAAUUUGAUUUUUACGAAAUUCAUCAUAGCGCUAAUUAGCAUCUUAUGCUCAGUGUGUACUCGAGAGAGAGAGAGAAAAAAAGAAAAAAAGCCAAUGCCCCAUUGAUCCACUGAUGAUCUUUCUUUGUUACAGGAAACCUGGAAAGGAUGCCAGUAAGCCAACAAACUACAGACCUUUUGCCUUGACAUCACAUGUUUGUAAGUUGAUGGAACGGAUGGUCAGUGAGAGGUUAAUGUAUUUUUUGGAGAAAAGAGAGAUGACUGAAUUCCAAAGUGGAUUUAGGAGAGGAAGGGGUAUAAUGACUGGUGUAAUUUAUUCAUUGAUUUGUUUUGACUUUUGUUUUUUUUUAUUUUUUUAUUUUUUUUAUUUUUUUCUGUAUUUGUAUUAUUUUUCAAAUGUAUUGUCUGUAUUAAUGUUCAAUCUCGGUUAUGUCUUGUUAUUAGAAGGAUUUAUUGAACUUGAACUGAAAAUUUUGUUCCCGUUAUUGUUUAUACGUUAAAAGAAAAUAAUAUUAUAGUAGCGGAUCUUUUCUUCGGGUGUUUGUUUGGGGAGGGAGCGUCAUCGGUUGAACACCUCCGGGGUUUUACGUGUGCGACAUGCAAUACCCUCAGUCUAGCUAUGCGCGAGGCUGAUGAGCAUAUUACUGUUGCUUUUCUCCGUGAAUCUCUGCGCUAAUUAGCAUCUUAUGCUCAGUGUGUACUCGAGAGAGAGAGAGAAAAAAAGAAAAAAAGCCAAUGCCCCAUUGAUCCACUGAUGAUCUUUCUUUGUUACAGAUUAAACAAAAGCACUAGAUCUCAUCGAGUGGUUGUGUGGUCUUUGUGUGUGAGGGUGUCCGAUCCAGACAUGCUACAUAAUUUGGUGCCGUGACCUGGAUGCACCAGAUCUGCUGCAGCUGAUCGCUAGGGUUCGACAACGUGGGAUCACAACGCUCCUGAAAUCGACGGCCGAAGAAUCUUCAUUGUUGACGUUUCGGUGGCAGUGUCUGGACAUUGACAGUUACUGAACUAUCUUGCUUCACACAAUACGCGCACAUUGGACUGUUUUCUUUUUUUUUUUUUUGUUUUCUUCAUCUCUGCUUGUAGAAGCGUACGAUAGCGUAUGUAGUUAAUUUUUUUUGUGUAUGUUUUUCAUUGUUAUCACUUACCAUUGGUAAUAUGGCUGAAGGGAGAUGGAAAGAAGACCUGGUAACACCACACAUUGGCAGGGUUCGAGGGUUUUUUGGGGUGAAUGAGCCUAUAGUCGGUAGAUCACGCAUGUUGGUCUACGAUUCUGUGACUGUACCGACUACGCUUCACAAUAACGAGCCGAGUAAACCAGAAUCUUCCACUCCGGCCAAUGCUGGUUGUGACAAUGUUUCACAGCAAUUACGCAACCUCAUUGGUGAGCUUGGAAGCCAGAUAGGUGACUCCAUUGCCACAUGGUUGUUAACAAACCAGACUUCAGCAUUACUUGGUUCCGCUUCAUCAUCUGAGCAGCAGCCCUCUAGGACAAUGCCACUGUCCCAGAGUCUCGAUCUGUCCAAGUUAAACCUCGUAGUCAAAGCUGACAUUAAGGAACUGCAAAUGUUUAGAGGGGAUGGAAGUGAUAAGUGCACCAUCCUGGAGUGGAUUGAACAGAUGGAGAUGUAUUUGUCCAAAAAGGGUUGCGACAAAUUCGACAGUGUGGAAGAGGUACUAAAUCAUCUCUGUAGCCGGGCAAAGAGCAUUGUUAGGGUCAAGCUAAAAAGUAGCCCGGCUACAGUACUCUGUCCUGAAGUUGUCUACGAGGUACUGCGCCGCUAUGUUAGCGAGAGCCCUGGCUCGUGCCAGCCAUUGGCCGAUUUUUAUGCGAUGCAGCCGAAGCCUAACGAGCACCCUGUUGACUAUUGGAUCAGGUUGAAAGAGGCAGCUGAGCUAGCAGAUGCUCACUUGCAAAGAUGUGGUGGCAAGAUGGAAAAUAUGAGUUCUGAGAUCGCAAUGAUGUUUAUCAGGAACUGUCCCAAUCCUGAUCUUUCCACUGUCUUUAGGUGUAAGCCCGUAAGCAAAUGGUCAGCCGAGGAGGUCCAAGAAGCCAUCGACGAGCAUGAGAGAGACUUUAAGUCUUGGAAGCUGGUUCCGUCUGCGCCUAAAGUUGCAGUGAAUCAGGCUAUUGUUGCUGAAAAACCUGUCAGCACUCAGGUAGCAGUAGGAAGCGAAAGUAUGGGCGUAACCUCUGUAGUGUGUACUGUAGGCCCGCACCCUAGAACAAGUGAAGCUGCAGGAUUGGGCACUUUGGAGCAUGUGCUGAAAAUGUUAGAAAGGGUGCUGGAGCACACGACCGUACCUGCUUCAGAACCAAAGCCUCGAACGUCAUCUUGGUAUCGAGCUUCCCCAUGUGAAGUGUGCGGAGACCGAUCUCACUCGAUUCGCUCUCACUGUAUGAGGGAAAAAAGAUGCCUCCAUUGUCUAGAGUUUCAGCAUCAACGUAAGCAGUGUCACAGGGUUGUUGGCCAAGGCAGGGCCCAGACCAGUGACAAUCGGGGAAACUAGAUCACUCGCAUUGGAGAGAGGGUGAUGUGAGUGUUAAAAGUCAGCCUCUCAUCAGCAAAGACAAUCCGAUGGUCAUCUAUGGAAGCCAUGCGUCAGGUUGAGUUAAGUGGCAGUAUCAUCUUGUUCCAGAACAUUGUGAAGCUGGAAAAAGUUGACAGUUUGUUUUCUACCGAUGUGCUGGUGAAUGAUACAGUCACUUGCCAAGGCCUGUUAGACACUGGUUCUAUGGCAUGUACUAUUAAUGAGGAAACUGAGCACAAGCUGUUGGAUGCAUGUGGGACCCUUGAGUCUGGUCAGCCCCAUGCCGAUGUUUUGCUUGUCGGUUGUGGUGGUGUUCAGAUCAAGCCCAAGUGUAUCCACCAGCUAAAGAUUUAUGUGUAUGGACAUUUGGUGUUCGUGCUUCCCUUGGUCAUACUAUAACAAAAAGACCAGUUAAUUGUUGGUACUAAUGUGAUCAAGUAUGUUCUCAGUCAACUGAAGCAGUCUGAAAGCUAUUGGUGUGUCAUGAAUCAGCCUAAUUCUACGGGAGAACCAGAGAUUCAGCGGUUCUUGAGUAUGAUGUCUGGGCAUAACAGAUGGGAAGGUGGUAGUAUCCCAACCCUUGGUGUUAACUCAAGCCGUCACGCUUUUACCACAGCAAGAGCACCUCGUGUGGGGCAGACUCCCGACAAGUUCCACUAUUUCUGUAGGUAGUACUGUGUUAGUUGAGCCGUCAAAGGCGCAAACUCAUAAGAAAGGUGUUCUUGUCGGGCAUGUUAUAGCCACAUUACCUGGUGACAGAUGGGUGCCGGUUAAGGUGAUCAACCCAUCCAGUAAGCCGGUCACUUUAAGACGGAAUGCUAAAAUAGCCGAUGUGUCUCCUGUUUUGGCGGUCGAAGACCUGGAUGUGCAAGCCGGGCAUGGUCAAGGAGAAACUGUGAACGUGCAAAGCCAGUCUGUCUCCUCUAGUGCAGACACAGGUAAUUCUCCCUCUGACAUCUGCGGUGCGCUGCAGAAGCUUGGUCUUGGUGAUCUUGAUAUUGAGUCCUGCGAAGUGACUCUGUACUGGAAGGACCAGCUUUUGCAGUUGAUUCAGAGAUAUCAAGAUGUGUUUUCUAAACACAAGCUAGAUUGUGGUAAGGCCAAAGAGUUUGUCCACAGGAUUCAUCUGUCAGAUAACCGCCCGUUCAGACUUCCAUACCGGCGUGUUCCUCUGGCUCAGUAUCAGAAACUGAGAAAAGUGCUCUCAGAGAUGGAAGAGCAAGAGAUUAUUCGGAAUCCUUGUAGUGAGUGGGCAUCUCCGCUGGUCCUGGUAUGGAAGAAAAGCGGUGAUCUUCGCGUUUGCAUUGAUUACCGCUGGCUUAAUACCCGGACCGUCAAGGAUGCUCACCCCUUACCUCACCAAGCAGACUGCUUGGCGUCCUUGGGCGGAAACGCAAUUUUUAGCAUGAUGGAUCUCACCUCCGGCUUUUAUAAUAUCACAAUGGCAGAGAAGGACAAAAAGCUUACGCCCUUCACAACACCGAUAGGUCUUUUAUGAGUGUUAUCGCUUACCACAAGGGUUGUGCAAUAGCCCCUCUAGCUUCAUGCGCCUGAUGACAAAUAUCUUUGGUGAUCAAAAUUUCUUGACGUUGCUUUGCUAUCUGGAUGACCUACUUGUAUAUGCCCCAGAUGAGGGCGAGGCCAUCAAGAGACUUGAGAUGGUGUUAAGUAGGCUCAGAGGGCACGGGCUAAAGUUAGCUCCUAAAAAGUGCCAUUUCCUCUGGAGUAGCAUGCUGUUCUUGGGGCACGUCAUUGACAGUUCAGGGGUAGAGACCGACCCAGACAAGGUCAGCACUAUUGGAGCAGUAAUGGAGUCUGAUUUGAUGAUGGAGGAUGGGGUAACCCUGUCCCAAAGGAAGAUCAAAUCGUUCCUUGGAAUGGUGUUGUAAUACCAGAGGUUCAUCCAAAAUUGAUCCACUGUCGCGAAAGCCCUGUUUGCUUUGACAGCUGCACCAAGGGGUAAGAAGCCUCUGGAGAAGGGUGCUGCUGCGUUCAGGAAGUUGAGUCCUGGUGACUGGGAGGAGCACAGUAGGGCCUUCCAGCAGUUAAAAGCCGCUCUGAUGAAUUCCGUGGUACUGACACAUCCUGAUUUUAGCCGCCCAUUUAUUUUGUCCUCUGAUGCGUCCAUGGACGGGUUGGGCGCUGUGUUGUUGCAGGUCACAGAGGGUGAGACUAGAGCCCAGCCGAUUGCUUUUACUAGCAAAUCCCUUAUGAGCGCUCAGGCCAAGUAUCCUGUUCACCGCUUAGAGUUCUUGGCUUUGAAAUGGUCCGUUUGCGACAAAUUCAGCCACUGGCUGAAAGGCCAUGAUUUUGUUAUUUGGACAGACAACAGUCCUGUAACUUACAUCCUCACAAAGCCUAAACUCGACGCGUCUGAGCAGAGAUGGGUUUCUAAGUUGGCACCCUAUCGUUUCAGCAUCAAGUACAUACCUGGCAGUAAGAACGUAGUGGCCGAUGCCUUAAGUCGUCAACCAUUUGUCCAUAACCAGCUCAGUCAGAGGCUGCUGAAUGAGCCUUAUGGUGCAUUGCUUGAGGAAGCGGAACAGUUUGAGAGAGACGGAGUGCAGGAUGCUUUCAUGCUGAGUGCUGGUAUCCAGAGCACUGAAGGUCCUCCUUGUGUAACACCAAGCCAUUGUCCGCUUUCCAGUGCUGAGGUGUCUGCGGUGUUAGAGGGUCACAGUGACUGGGAAGUAGGAGUUGAAUUGAGAGCAAUCUCUUGGAUUGCCCAAGACACCCAGCAUCUGUCGUCUCCUGGGCAAUGCCCGUUACCAGUCUUCUCAUUAGAUGAACUUUGAGACAGACAACGGAACAAUCCUUCUCUGUCCAGGGUCCUGUUUCACAUCAGUAGGGGCAAGAGAGCCUCACAUAGUGAGAGUGCUGGUGAGACGUAUAAGGUGCUCAGAGUCUUGAAGCAAUGGGACAAGUUGAAGAUACUUGAUGGUGUACUGUAUCGCGUAAGCAAAUGUUGGGCCUCAUGUAUUCAGAUAGAAGACAAAUGCAGGCCUAACACAGUCAUAAAACCUAACUGAGGCCCACACACUCCGUCAUAAGUCUUACUGAUAAAAAAACCCGCCAAAAUCAAACAAACGGUGUCCAAAACAGACUACAAAUCCCAUGAAGCCUUGCUCACUAAAGGAUCGAACUCUCAACUCCUAUUGGAUGAGGUACACGACAGAACGACCCUCAACCAUGACGUCAUCAGGAGUAGAAAUACCUCUGAGAUGCUUCCAGGAUUUGCUUCCAGCAACUUUGCUUGCCGUGUGUAGAUGAGGCUCUCGUGUAGCCUCGUGGCACAAGGAAGUAACAUCAAACUUGAAACUGUGGCCAUACAAUGUCCAUCUCGCUGGACGAGUUGAUUACUCUGUGUUCCACCGAACACUAACGGAUCCGAAGGAGACCGCCGAGCAAUCCGCAUCUUCAUCCAUUUGCCUGCAGAAGUGAAGAGAGAUUUCUCGUCCCUCUUCAAUCAAGUCACCAUCACUGAUUUCUCUGCCAGCCUGCCGAGAAUCAGCAGCCGUACAGCCUGCCGACAGAGCGAGGAAACGGCCUCCUGUCAUCCGAUUUUCGAGGAACCUAGUCGGAGUUAAAGGACGGAUGAACACACAUUCAUCUCAUACAAUUCAAGUAAGAGGUUUAAGUCUGGGCACAGAUAGAAUUGUUAUAGUGUGUUAUUCUUGUGUAUCAAGGUUAUUGCUUGUACAGUUUACGGACCGCCGAGUCCGCUCAUUGCUGCUAAUAACACUCAAGGUAUUACUGUAAUGUACAUAUCAUGAAUUAGAUCUGCUGUGUUGUAGUCCAGCCGCAUUGGACUGUUGUGUAUUUCUGCCAUUGCAGGUGAGACCGGCACACUUUUUUAACAGAGUUUAUCCGUUAAAGAAUCAAAGACCGCAGGACGGUUUACGAGCCGUCCACCACAUCUCUGAGUUAUAAACUAACAGAUGCUUUCUCUCCCACGAUCACGAAACCGGCUUUGGUGCCGCCACUUUAAUCUCUCUCUCUCUCUCUCUCGUACUAAUCAUACACACACGCGACCCCUCACAAACAUUCUCGCACACACUUUUGGCUAGUAGAUAACUUUGUGAUAAAGCUCAGCUUUGUCCCUAAGUUAUCGUACAAGCGGAGACACGUGGUAAAUGGGCAGACGCCAUUGACCGGCUUCUCUCCGCCCACAUUCACGGCCAUAUUCUCUGGCCGGAAAUCUCGCAUGACGUACUCUCCACGAGAGUCACGUCUGCCAUUUUGCGUCCCUCCUUACACACACCUUCCUCUCGUGUUAUAGGAUUAUUUUGGUUACCAUAUCUAAUCAUAUCACUGUUUAGUUUGUAGUUGGAAGUUGGAAGUUUAUUGACUGCAUUGUAUUGAUUAUUAACUGAUAUUACUGCAUAAAUAAACUUUUUAUAUUUCAAAGAGAAGCGUUUUGGUUUGUUUUGCAUACACCUGUGUCAAAUGCUGACGGGAUGUCAGUGCUCGGAUUCAAGCCUUCAUUGUUUCUUUUCGAAAAUCGAUAUUCUUCGGAUGUCGAUUUUCCUUGGAGAACAAUCUAAUAUUGAGACUGUUAUACUAUCUGGUUAUUAGUCCCUGAUUCCAGGGUGGUGCCCCGGCGAUAUUAAUCCUCAUUAAUGUUCUAUUGAUUUUUGAUAAUUGAUAAUUAUCUUUGAUUGUUGAAUUUGAAUGAUCAAUAAGCUAGUGUUAAUUUUAAUCAGUUUCAUUGAUGUUAAUAAUUGAUUAUCUUUGAUAAUUGUUGAUUUAAAGGAUUAAAAAGGCUAACAUUGAUUCUCAUCAAUGUUCUAUUGAUUUUAAUAAUUAUCUUUGAUAAUUAAUUAUUGCUAAUAACCAAACCCGCUCCUGAACGUAGCGCACUACAUUUACUGGAGCCCCGUAUGAGGUUUUAAUGAGUUAGAUUCUGUUAUUUAAUUUAAAUAUUAACUAAAUAAAUAAUUAUUUCUGAUAGUAACACUGAUCUAAACAAUCAGUAGAACCUACACAAAGAUAACCUGAUGGGAAAGAAAUGGCUACAGUAAGUUGUCCCAUCUUCUUUGAUCACGCAAAUGAUGACAGGCAUCCACGAUGAAGCAGGGCACCAGGGCCAAGGUAGAACUAUGCACCUGGCAAGGCUUUUGGGUCGGGUUGGAACAAGACGUUUGCAGGUAUGUUAAGUGUUGCAAGUGCUGUGUCGUCAGUAAAACUGCCGAACCCGAAGGCAGAGCCCCGCUAGAGAGCGUGAAAACGUCGAGUCCAAUGGAGCUAAUAUGCAUAGAUUUUUGGACCACGGAAAGCUCCAAAGGCCGUAAUGUGGACAUGUUGGUCAUGACUGACCAUUUUUCCUGUGUCGUGACCAGUCGGCAAAGCAGGUAGCACGACAAUUGUGGGAUCGAUAUAUUUGUGUGUACGGUUUCCUUUACAGGAUCCACUCGGAUCAAUGGGCUAAUUUUGAGAGCCAGCUGAUCCGAGAGUUGCUGCAGGUUGCCGGAGUAAAAAAGUCCCGAACAACUGCUUAUCAUCCCAUGGGAAAUGGCCAUGUUGAACGGUUCAAUAGAACCUUGGGCAACAUGAUCGGAGCACUCCCGCCGAGGUCUAAGGAAAAGUGGUCACAGAUGCUCCAGACACUGAGUUUUGCAUAUAAUUGUACUGCGCACGAGUCCACUGGCUAUGCUCCGUUCUACCUAAUGUUUGGUAGGAUCCCGAAGCUACCCGUGGAUGUUAUGUUUGACAAUGUUGAGAGAGACUGUGAUGUCGUUGAUUGACAAAUAUGUGAAAAGUUUGAAAGGUGACCUGAAAGAGGCUCUGACUGUCGCUCAGAGGAACAUUGACACCAGUCAGCAACGUCAGACCGAGUUGUACAACCAAAGGACGAAGGGCUGUAGUAUUGAGUUGGGUGAUCAGGUUCUCCUGUCGAACAAAAGUGAACAUGGGAAGAGAAAACUAGCAGACAGGUGGGAGUCUACGUCCUAUCGGGUAGUUGCGUUGAACCCUCAAUGCUAUAUUUACUGUAUACGUAACGCCAAAACGGGUCAGGAGAAAACUGUUCACCAGAAUUUGUUGUUACAAGCGAAUUUCCUGCCGCUUGAUUUGGGAGGUUCUGAAUCACCUGAGGAUAGUGGUGAAUCUGUCCUUGAAAGCAGGAGUGCAUCCCUGGAUGACGUUGUUGGUUCCGCAUCUGAGAUGUGUCCUGUGUCUGAACGUGUUGCCACUUGGGUAGAAAGAACCACAGUUUCCGAGGAUCUGCAGCAGAGGUCGUCCUGCAGGUCCAAUAGUGCUGCAUCAUUGGACGUGGUCCCUGAGUCAUUGGGACAGGAGCAAUUGCCGUCAAAGGAUGAUUGUACCAAGGAGCAAUGUAGGCAGUCCGGAUGAAGGACUGAGUUGUGACUCUUGCAGUUCGUUUACUGAGGCGGUUCUCCAUGGUGACCGUUGUGUUUCACCUGCUGGAUUUGUUGAGCCACCUCCUGGUCAAGGGGAAAUGAGAGUUCGGACCAGAGUGGGUAGGAUGGUGAAACAUGUCAACAGACUGAUAGAGAACAUGUCUCCGUCUAUCAGAACAUUGAAUCUGGUUGUAAGAUCUAUAUUGAAAUAAGAAUGUAUUAGAAUAUUGUUUUAUUUGAAGUUGUAGAGUUAAGAUUCUGUGAGUCAAUAUGUUUCAGCACAUUUGUUGUUCCAGAUCCAAGAUGAAGUCUCAUCCGAGAUGAAUGGUGUUUAAAGGCACCUUUUUGCAGGUGAUUGCAGUGGGCCUGAUCAACCUGCCCUAUUCACCUUCCCUGUGAGUGGGAAACAUUGUUGCACAAGGUUCUGGAUAACAGUUGGUCUAACAGGCCCAGUGUAUAACUUCCCUUUAAGACAACAUUUUGUGAAGUUCAGGGGGGAAAAUGUAACUGGUGUAAUUUAUUCAUUGAUUUGUUUUGACUUGUUUUUUUUUUUGUUUUUCUUCUUCUGUAUUUGUAUUGUAUUAAUGUUCAACCUCUGUUGUGUCUUGUUAUUAGAAGGGUUUAUUGAGCUUCACGAAAUUUUGUUCCCGUUAUUGUAAGUUAAAAGAAAAUAAUGUUAUAGUGGCGGAACUUUUCUUCAGGUGUUUGUUUGGGGAGGGAGCGUCAUUGGUGGAACACCUCCAGGGUUUUCCUUGUGCGACAUGCGAUAGCCUCAGUCUACCUAUGCGCGAGGCUGAUGAGCAUAUGCACUGUUGCUUUUCUCUGUGAAUCUCUGGUAAGAUGAUGUUUGUCUAAAUGUAUAUCUAUCGCUCAAGUGUGAUUUAAGUGAUGGCAGCAUUUGAUCGUGUUAGUGGUGAUGUGUGUUUAAUUGUAAUUUGAUUUUUACGAAAUCAUCAUAGCGCUAACUAAUUAGCAUCUUAUGCUCAGUGUGUACUUGAGAGAGAGAGAAGCCGAUGCCCCGUUGAGCCACUAAUGAUUUUUCUUUGUUACAGGUAUGUUUAAUUAUUUAUGUUUUAUAAAAGAAAGAGAUCUGGUUGAAUGUUAAUGAACGUGUAUUGUACGUAGAGUGUUAAAAGGGAAAAGAAUUCGAUUUAAUGAUUCAUGCUGUGCGUGACGCACGUGGUGUGGCCUGCAUGUGGAAUGGUGUUAAAUACAUUGAAUGUUUCAUUUGGAUUUAUGUAUAUGAAUAGUAUUAUUAUUGUUUAUUUGUUUUAUAGUAUGUUAUAACGUAUAAAUAUUUGAAUUAAUGCAUAUGUUAAUAUAAUGUAGAAUAUAAAAUAUUGAAAUGUAUUAAGAAUAUUAAUGUGUUGUAUCAUAAGGAAGACAAGCAAUGUAUAUAUUGUUAUAUAUUGCUAUAUUGUAGUUAUUUUAUUUACGUGUCUUUCCAUUUUUUUGUUAAAUUAUGCGAUAGCCUCAGUCUACCUAUGCACGAGGUUGAUGAGCAUAUGCGCUGUUGCUUUUCUCCGUGAAUCUCUGUGUGUACUCGAGAGAGAAGCCAAUGCCCCGUUGAUCCACUGAUGAUCUUUCUUUGUUACAGAUUAAACAAAAGCACUAGA